UUUGUCGAUUUGACAGCAGCAUAGAUAGACAUUGCAUUCUAUAUCUAUAGAAAAUGGCCGUUGUUGUAUUAGGAAAUACAUCUUAUUAUUAAUGUUUCUGUAUUUAAAUGUACCCCUGUGGAGUUGUAUAAAGCUAUGAGUAUGUAAUAUCUAAUAUUACGAUAACAUGUAUCAUGUAAUUCGUAUUAAUUUCUUUUGAAAAUCGUUAAAUAUAACAGCACCAUAAAACGCGGUUUUUCUGAGUAUAUAUUUUUUUAAAUAUAUGUGUAAAUAAACUGUUUAUUUAUAAAUACAUAUUCAUUAAAAAAAAAUUUAGUGAACGCAUUGUAUGGACUAUAUUUGUUUUGAAAUUACCUUAAUUUAUUAUCACGUGUGUGUGAGAUUGAAAUAGUGAUGUGUUGAUUGUUAUUCUUCAUCACAACAAUGGGGGAGACCGAAGAAUUCAAUACUUUAGCAUUCGAAAAGAAGUUAACACAGCUUAAAGAUACUCAGGAGAGUAUACAAUCAUUAUCUGGAUGGUGCCUAAAGCAAAGACUUCACCAUAAAAAGAUUGUUUCUAGUUGGUUAAACGUUUUAAAAAGAGUGAAGGUGGAACAGCGACUCGUCUUAUUUUAUUUAGCGAAUGAUGUUAUUCAGUACAGUAAGAGGAAGAACUACGAGUUUGUUGAGAGUUGGGGUCUUAAUUUACAAAAAGCGACGCCUUUAGUCAGAGAUGAAAAAGUGAGGUCGAAGAUUUUACGAAUAUUUAAAAUAUGGGAGCAGAGAUCGGUAUAUGAUGAUGAGUUUCUCUCAGACCUCACUGGCUUGCUCAGUGCUGGAGCGAUUAAAAAGACUGAUGAUGAUCCAUUGGAUUUUCAACCACAGCAGCUUGUAAAUAAAAUAAAACAGUGUACAGUUCUCGAAGCAGAUACAAAGGUUAAAUUAAAAUAUGUACAUGAAAAUCAUUUAGAAUUAUCCGAUGCAGAUGCGCUGUGUGCUAGUUUGAAAGAAAGGAGUCAUAAAGACGAUGUAGAAAAGGAAUUAAAUGAAGGUAUAGCUUGUGUUGAGCGUUAUACACAGGCAUUGCAGAGAGAGAUUGUCGCCCGGGAAGCAUUGUUAGCUUUGCUCACUUCGGCUAAUCAAUAUUAUUCUACCCAGAGAGGUGAAGUUAAAGUUGUUGCAUAUGCUUACAAAAACUUUGGAGCCAGAGUGAGAGCAUUAAAACGGAAACUUGAUGAGUUAGUACCAACAUUACCCAGUGCAGCGCCUUCACCCCCGCAGCAUGAUGAGGAUGUUCCUUCUCCGGGUCCUGAUGAAGAUCUUGAAUUACCAGCUCCUAUUGAGACUGGAGAGGAUGAUGUAUCAUAUAAUAUAGACCGAACAUUCAACACAUCUUUGUCAGCCGAUGGUUCGUUGUACAAUCUCGGUUUAUCAUCUUUCCUGACAUCAGACAAUCCGAUGGCAAUAUUCAAUGACACAGCCGAAUUGGAUAUCAGUGCGAAAAAAAUUGAGGUAAUCAACUCCAGAUCGACUGAAAAACAAGAUUUCGAUUUAGGAGAAAUAUUGAAGAACUUUGAAACUCCCGAUAAUAAUUCGACUUCUUCCGAAAAUAAUUCAGCUGCCAGUGCGAAUAUUUCACAGAAGUCGCAAGAUGCCUUGCCCGGUCUAGAUCUCUUGACUCCCGAUAGUACGGGGAAUCCCGCCCCUCCAACGUCUUUUUACGGAACUAUGGAGACCAUCACAAUUGCAGAUGAGCCGGAUCAGCCAUACUUACCUGAAGCAUUGACGAAUACCCAAUGGAAUAACCCUACCUGGACUGUACCCGCGGACAUACCACCAGCGGAUGUCGACCACCGCGGUAUAUUGCCACCACCGCCGCCGCCGCCGAUACUGCCGAUAUUGGGUCACAUAGACGACGUGGACCACCGCCUUCUGCCCGGGCUGCCGCCGCCACCGCCCGCGCACCACCCCGCGACACACCCCGCCCCGCACCCCGCGCCCCACCCCGCGCACCACCCCGCGCACCAAGAUGUCGAUCACCGAAAUUUAAUAUCGUUAACGCACCAGCCUGCAGCGCCUCAGCCUGUUUCUAGACCGCAUAUUGUUGACCAAGAUUAUAGAGUUCCGCCGAUGCUGCCGCCGACGGACAUUGUCGAGAGCGUUGACAUGGAUCUGUCUGAGGAUGAGGAGCAACAAGGGAUGUACCCGACGCAACAAAUCCAGAACGAGCAUCGACGCAAUAGUUUCAACAACAAUAAAGUUUUAGUCGGAGGCGAUAUCGAGAAAGUGAACCACGUAGAUAACAACCACAUAAACCUUGUACAAAUGAACACUAACCCAAUAAACGCUAUGAAUAAAGACGGCCCUCAUAGUGCCCCUAUAGUUACUCCCCUAUCUAACCCAUUCGACAAUAUGCCAUCUGGCCUUAAGUUCAAUAUACCACCAAACUUCCAGAAUAUGCCGCCGAAUUUCAAAAAGCCGGCAAGUUUCGAUGAAAUUAGAGAGGAAAACUCUAAAGAUAUUUUAUACGAAGACGAUCUGAGGAGCAGAAAUUUGGAAGUACCAGUCGAUCAAAGAAAUCCUUCGCCACCGGAAUACGAAGAUUUUGCAAAAGAUAGCGAAUGGCAAGCGGGACCUAGGCCGUUUAUGAAUCAAAGGUUUCCUAGAAAUUGGGGACCCCGGACUAACUUUAGACCACAGAACUACAGUCCCCAGUUUUGGCCGAGAAACGGUCCCAGACCAGCCAAUAGAUGGAUGGGACCUCGGUCGCAAAGAUUUUGGUGAUCACGUGUUAGUGGUAGUGGUAGUGAAAAAGAGUUCUUAUUUAUAGUGAUAGAAGCCUCUAUUUUGACUGUAAGAUUAGUAUAGGGACUUAAAUCAUUUAUGUAUAUUACCAGCUAAGUUUCAUUUGGUCGAGUUGUAGAGGAAAAAUUUUGGCUUGUUUUUAUUUCAGAGUUAUUAUGCACAUUAUUAAAAUUAAAAUAUAAGUAUGCCGUA